UCGUGCUGAACAAGGUAAGCAGUUGCCCCUUAAAUAAUUGUUCCUGCAAUGCGACCGCACGCUCAGUGGUUUUAAAGAAAUACUGCAUGUUGCCAACAUUUACUCACCCACAUGAUGUUUCAACUCGUUUUCUUUCUUGCGCAAAGGGGAGCUCAACAAGCACCUCUCCAAACAAUUAAAGUGGAUCUUCAUUUUAAACGCCAGGCUCCAAAAACACACCCAAAAAAUAAUCCAUACAAUAAACUUCCAACUUCUAUGUUAUAUUGUAGCUUUGAGUAAUAAACAGACUAAUUGUCCAAAGAUAAUCUUCCCCCAAUGCAGUUUACUAUUAAAAAAUAAGUAGCAAUGGCGUUGAAUUAAAAAUGGAGCGUUUUCCAAAAGCCAUUGGUUUUCGCGUGUCAUGUGACUUAUCGCGGCGCAAUUUAUUUAAAACGACAGCGGGAUUUCUGUCUAAGAACGACGUCAAAACUAUUAUCUUUUGUCAAACAAAUAUUUUAUCAGAUCCUCAAACAUCCAAACAAUUUUAGGAAUAUUUGACUGACCAAAAUGGCAGGAAAGGGCAGAGGUAUAGCAGCAUUCACCUUUAACAUUGAGGCCCUGGGCCUCACCAGAGGGUCCAUGCCUGAAACCCAGGGAGGGCCGACUCCACUCUUCCCAAAAAUUGAAUAUAAACCAGGGCCUUUGAAAGCUGGAGAAGAUGAAGACUACAUGAGAGCUUUGAAACAAGAGAUGAGAGGACGAAUGAAAGAUCUCCCUUUUAACAUAAAACCCCACACAGGAAAGGGAGAUGUGGAGAGGUACAAGGAAAAAUACACAAAGGAAAUUAAAAAAAUUGAAGAUGAAGAUUGGACACCAGAUUGGAACCGUCUUCCGAAGGAGCUGAAGCCACAGAAGAUAAUUAAGAAGAAAAGAGAUUAUAAGAAAUUCCCAAAGAUCUCAAGUAAGGACAAGAAGGAAGUGCUGAGUAAACUGGAUGAACUUGAGAAGAAGGGAGAUGUCAAAUCAGAUGAGGAGGAUGAGGAGAAGGGAGAGAAGAAAGAUGGUGAGGAAGGGGAGGAAGAAGAAAUUGAAGGAGAAUAUGAUGAUGAAGAGCUUGAAGAGGAAAACGAUUACAUAGCAAAUUACUUUGAAGACGGUGAUGAUUAUGGGGGAGGAAGUGAUGACAACAUGGAUGAAGCAACUUACUAGAAAUAAAAAAAAUAAAUAAAUAAAAAAAUAGCACUCAUUAAAAAAA